AUGGCAAGAUUGGACAAGGCCUGGAAACCCUCAACAGCGAGAAUGCGGCUGGAUCGAUCGAAAGUUCUCAAGAUAACAGAUAAGACCAGAUUCAGCAACCUCGCGCCCCAUCGUUCGUAUCAACCGCGGGAUUCGAGGGCUUGGUGGAGAAAGGGGAGCUCGGGUAUUUCGGCGGAGGGCUUGAUAGGUCGCUUUUCGGCGCCGACCUCGUUGGCGGCAUCGAACUAUCCCAAUGGUGGAGAAAGGCGGAGGAAGGGCGUUGGAAACCACAGGAUCAUGGCAGGCCCGAAUUUAUUUAUGCUGUUGCAAGGAGAGCCCAAGCACGAACAUGCCGCUGGGUCGAGCUCGCUCCAUCCGCUCGACCCCAUCACCGCAAACGAAAUCGAGGAGACGGCCAGGUUGAUCAAGUCCAAAUACGCCGAAGGGGCUGUUCACUUCAAGUCCAUUUCGAUCCUUGAUCCGGCUAAGAAAGCCCUGCUCCCAUACCUGGCGGCAGAGCGGGCAGGCAAAAGCCCACUUCCCACCAUUCCACGCAGGACCAAGGCAGUAUGGGUUCUCCUUGGUAGCUAUGACUGCUUUUGCGCGAGUGUCAACUUGAGCUCCCAGGAAGUCGAGCACUUGACGCAGUUGGACAGGACUGGGUUUCCCAACGGAGACGUGGACGAGACCCGUGAGAUGAGACUGCUGGUGCCGCAGCACCCGGAAGUCAAGAAAGCCAUAGAGAAACUCGGCCUCCCACCAGGGACCGAGGUGGUCUGCAAUACAUGGUCCUAUGGCCGAGAAGAUGAUACCCAGAUUGACCGCAGAGUCCAGUGCUACAUGUUCUGCAAGGAUCCUACGAGGGCCACCGAUGCCUCGAACCAUUAUGACUUUCCGCUUCCCAUUGCGCCGGUUUUUGAGAAUAAAACAAAGAGACUGGUUGAGAUCAUCUACUUGCCGACUGGGGCUGACGCCAAUGUCAACAGAGACCCGAAGUUUGUGCCGCAUAAGGCGAAGGAGUUCCAUCACAGCCUGCAAGAUAGACCGACUCGGACGGACCUGAAGCCUUUAAUUGUCAUCCAGCCGCACGGCACCUCCUUCGCGGUGGAAGGGUACCUGGUCAAAUGGCAGAAGUGGCGUUUCCGACUGGCCUUCAAUUUUCGAGAGGGCAUGGUCCUCAACGACGUGACCUACGACGGCCGCGAGCUGUUCCACCGAGUCUCCUUGAGUGAAAUGGUCGUUCCCUACGCCGAUCCUCGCAGUCCCUAUCACCGAAAAUCGGUCUUUGACCUGGGCGAUGUAGGAGCCGGGAAUUCGGCCAACAACCUCCAGCUUGGCUGUGACUGUCUCGGGGUGAUCAAAUACUUCGAUUUCGUGGUCAGCAACAGCAAGGGCGAGGCCGUACCCAAGCCCAACGCCGUGUGCAUGCAUGAAAUCGACAACGGCAUCGGAUACAAACACACCAACAACCGCAGUGGGCUGGUCUCGAUCACUCGAGCACGGGUUCUCGUUCUCCAAUCCAUCCUGACGGUCGGCAACUACGACUAUAUUUUUGCCUUUCAUUUCGACCAGGCCGCCGGCCUGCAUUAUGAAAUCAAAGCCACCGGCAUCGUCGCCACACAGCCGAUUGACAAGGGAGUGACCGUGCCUUGGGGGACAGUGGUCAAUGAAGGGGUGCUCGCUCCCCAUCAUCAGCAUGUUUUCAUUCUCCGCAUCGAUCCUAAUCUCGAUGGGCCGCACAAUACCGUGGUGAUGGAGGACUCGGUGCCGAUGCCGCUGGACGAUGAGCUCAACCCCUACGGGGUAGGGUACACGGUACAGAAGAUGAAAGUGACCGAGUCUGGAAGUUGUGAUUUCUCGCCCAACCGCGUCUUCAAGAUCACGAAUCCGAACUCCAUCAAUCCUGUCUCGGGCUUGCCGGUAGCAUAUGCCAUUGGGAGCCCCAUGAAGCAGAUGCUCUUGGCGCAUCCCAGCUCCCAGCAUGGCCGACGCGCUCGAUUUGCCACCCAUCCGUACUGGGUCACCAAGUACCAGGAAGGAGAACUCUUUGCGGCAGGCAAUUUCACCUACCAGUCCAUUGCCCUUCCCCUCGGAAAGGCGACCCACGACGGUUCAGGCGACGUGGCUGCAUGGGCGGCGAGAAAAGAUCCGGUGGACAACGAAGAUAUUGUCCUGUGGCACAGCAUUUCCUUGACUCAUAAUGUUCGUGUCGAAGACUAUCCCAUCAUGCCCUGCGAGACGAUUGUAGUUUCGCUCAAACCCAGCGGAUUCUUUGAGGAGAGUCCCCUGAUGGACGUGCCUCAGAGCAGUCAGCUCGCGAGUCAAAGCACCCUCUACGAAGAUCCCCAAGACCGCCCAACUAAUGGCCAUUCUUCCUGCAGUGGGCACGAGGCUUGUCGUUAG